CUACCACCGUCGUUUGGUAUGUCAUACAUAGUCCCUGGCCCAUCCGUCGCGGAAGCCGCAUCUCACACUGGGACCAGGCCUCCGGUCAUUGUUUCGUGUGCAACUUGCAAGCUUGUCGUUCCUGAUUCCGUACACUAUCCAACUGUGUCCGUUGCCCAUUAACGACAUUCCUGGAAUUCGCGAGCUAUACUGACCGCUUUGCGCGCAUGUCUUGAUCACUGACACCCCUCCAAUAUGGGUCAAACAAAGCGCCGUGAAGGCAAAUCUGCGCGGCCUGCAAAGGCUUCUCUCUUCGGCGGAGGAAAGUCUGGUCAGGCGGACUCCGGGCAAGGCCAAAUCAAGAAAGCCACAUUCGAAAUCACAAAGAAGAAGGAGGUGGGCGUUUCAGACCUCACACUGCUCAGCAAGGUCUCAAAUGAAGCCAUCAACGACAACUUGAAGAAGCGCUUCGAACAUGGCGAGAUCUACACCUACAUUGGCCAUGUGCUGGUCUCCGUCAACCCGUUUCGGGACUUGGGAAUCUACACCGAUCAAGUGCUGGACAGUUAUCGAGGUAGAAACAGACUCGAAGUCCCCCCUCAUGUUUUCGCCGUCGCAGAAUCCUCAUACUACAACAUGAAAGCAUAUCAUGAAAACCAAUGUGUGAUCAUUUCCGGAGAAUCGGGUGCAGGCAAGACCGAAGCUGCCAAACGUCUGAUGCAAUACAUCGCCAAUGUCUCUGGAGGCACUGACUCAAGGAUUCAACGGACAAAGGAUAUGGUCCUUGCCACAAAUCCUCUCCUCGAAUCCUUUGGCAAUGCCAAAACUCUUCGAAACAACAACUCUUCACGCUUCGGCAAAUAUCUGGAACUCGAGUUCAAUCCCAAUGGUGAGCCUGUGGGAGCCAAAGUCACAAAUUACCUGCUGGAGUCAUCCAGAGUCGUCGGACAGAUUACGAAUGAGCGCAAUUUCCAUAUCUUCUACCAGUUCACCAAAGCAGCACCGAAAGAAUACAGAGAUACCUUUGGUAUUCAGCAACCGCAGUCUUAUGUGUACACGAGCAAGUCGAAAUGUUUCGACGUACCGGGAAUUGAUGACGCGAAAGACUUCCAAGACACUGUUGAGGCCAUGCGAGUUAUCGGGCUCAACAAAGCCGAGCAGGAUAACAUCUUUCGCAUGCUUGCGGCAGUUCUGUGGAUCGGCAACAUCACCUUCAAAGAAAAUGAUCAAGGUGGAGUCGAUAUUGCAGACCAGUCUGUUGUUGAUUUCGUGGCAUAUCUGCUGGAAGUCGAAUCAGCUCAUGUCCACAAAGCCCUGACCAUCAGAAUCGUCGAAACCUCUCGAGGUGGAGGUCGACGAGGUUCCAUAUACGAGUCACCACUGAAUCCCGCGCAAGCUCUGGCUGUCAGGGACGCCCUCGCCAAAGCCGUGUAUUUCCGACUUUUUGACUGGAUCGUUGCUCGUACCAAUGUCUCACUGAGAUCUCAAGGCACGGUAUCCAACACAAUCGGCAUUCUCGAUAUCUACGGGUUUGAAAUCUUCGAGAAGAACUCAUUCGAGCAACUCUGCAUCAACUAUGUCAACGAGAAGUUGCAACAAAUCUUUAUCCAGCUGACAUUGAAGGCCGAGCAGGAAGAGUAUGCUCGUGAACAGAUCCAAUGGACCCCAAUCAAGUACUUCGACAACAAAGUUGUAUGCUCCUUGAUCGAGGACAAGCGGCCGCCAGGCGUUUUCGCCGCCCUCAAUGAUGCUUGUGCGACUGCACAUGCGGACCCCACAGCUGCCGACCAGACCUUUGUUGGCCGUCUGAACUUCCUCUCGAGUAAUCCAAACUUUGAAAACAGGCAAGGUCAAUUUAUCAUAAAACACUAUGCUGGCGAGGUCAACUAUCAAGUUGCCGGCAUGACGGACAAGAAUAAGGAUCAGCUGCUGAAAGAUCUCCUCAACCUGGUCGGGGAAAGCUCGAACGGCUUUCUUCAUGAGCUUUUCCCCAAUCAGGUUGACCAAGACGACAAACGUCGCCCUCCAACAGCCGGUGACAAGAUCAAAGCGUCCGCGAAUGAGCUUGUUGAAACAUUGAUGCAAGCUCAACCAUCUUAUAUCCGAACAAUCAAGCCCAACGAGAACAAAUCUCCCAAAGAAUAUAACGAGCCAAAUGUCAUGCAUCAAAUCAAGUAUCUUGGUCUUCAAGAGAAUGUACGCAUUCGACGAGCAGGAUUCGCAUAUCGUCAAGCGUUCGACAAAUUCGUAGAGAGGUUUGCUCUUCUGUCACCAAGACUUUCGUACGCUGGAGAAUACACGUACAAGGGUGAUGUGGGAACUGCUUCAGAAAUCAUAUUCAAAGAUACGAGCAUCCCACAAGAAGAAUAUCAGAUGGGCACUACCAAAGCGUUCAUCAAAAGUCCGGAAACCUUGUUCGGUCUCGAGCACAUGCGAGAUCGGUAUUGGCAUAACAUGGCUGUUCGUAUUCAGCGUGCCUGGAGAAACUAUUUGAGGUACCGUGCCGAAGCUGCUACCCGGAUACAACGGUUCUGGCGUAAGUCCAAAGUCGGUGUCAAAGAAAUCGAAUUCCGAGACCAAGGGCACCACUUGCUGGCUGGCCGCAAAGAACGACGUAGAUACAGCUUGGUUGGUUCAAGACGAUUCUUUGGCGAUUAUCUUGGUCUCAACAUGCCUGGCGGCCAAGGACGAGUUCUUCGUGAUUCAAUCAACCUCAACUCCCAGGAGCGGUACGUCUUCUCCGCUCGUUGCGAGGUGCUGGUAGCCAAAUUUGGACGAUCGUCCCUACGAGUGCCCAGGAUCUUGGUGCUCACGAACAAAUCGAUCUAUAUUGUGGUUCAAGCUGUAAUCAACAAUCAGCUUCAGAUUUCGUCCGAGAGGACCAUACCUGUUGGUGCCGUCAAAUACAUAUCGACGUCCAACCUACGCGAUGAUUGGUUCGCUCUUGGUGUCAGUUCUCCGCAAGAGCCAGAUCCCCUGAUCAACUGUGUCUUCAAGACGGAAUUCUUCCUCCAAUUCAAGACCGUAUCACCUGGAGGAAUGAACCUCAAAAUUGGGCCUAAUAUCGAAUACAACAAGAAGCCUGGUAAGCCAGCAGCAGUAAAGACCCAGAAAGACUCGGCUAUUCCUCGAGACGACGUGUACAAGUCUGGUACAAUCCAUGUUGGUCAAGGAGAAUCGCCAAAUUCGACCUCAAGACCUACGCCUCGGGGUAAAGCAAUCGCCAAACCUAUCACAAGCGGCAAAUUACUACGGCCUGGUGGUCCAGGAGGCCGACCAUCCCAAGCCGCCACUCGACGGCCGGUGCCAGCAGCAAGACCUACUCCUGCUCCUGCUCCUCAGACGCAACGCACGAUCCCAACACCUGCUCCCCAGACUCAGCGCACCGUUCCGACACCUGCUCCCGCUCCAGUUCCUGCUGCUACCGGAAUCUACUCGCAAGUUACUCAGCCAGUGAAUGGAACUUCGUCUCACACUCGUAACGAGUCUGCCUCGUCAUUUGGUCGUGCUGCACCUCCGCCGCCGCCGCCGCCGCCUCCUCCACCUGCAGCAGCAGCUCCCGCCGCUGCACCUUCAAAGCCCCAAGCUAAAGUCAAGUACGACUUCAAUUCACCUAACGCCAAUGAGUUGACCAUCAAGGCGGGAGAUAUCGUGGAGAUUGUAAAGAAAGAAACAAAUGGUUGGUGGCUCUGCAGAAACGCCCAAACCAAUGCAGAGGGCUGGGCACCUACGGCCUAUAUGGAAGAAAUCGAGCUGAGCCGUGCGGCUCCACCGCCUCCUCCGCCACCUCCAGCUGCACCGCCUCGUGCUGCCCCUACACCGUCAGUCGUCGUCAAUGGGCAUGCGAAACCUGCUGCUCCGCCUGUCGCUGCCAAAGCAAAACCUACGCCGCCGGCACCACCAGCCAAGCGACCUGUGCCAAAUGCAAGGAAGCCCACUGCGUCUCCAGCGAGGGAUAGCGGCAUGAGCUUGGGCACAGGGAGUGGAACGGACUCUGGGCGAGCUACUCCGAACAGUAUUGGCGGUGGUAGUCUAGCGGGAGGGUUGGCAGAGGCCUUGAGAGCCAGACAGAGUGCUAUGAGUGGAAGAGGUGCAGAAAAAGAGGACGAUGACUGGUAGGUCUUCCACGCGAACGGAGGGAUUUUGGUUAUGAGUGGGAACGGAAAAUGCGAGUUGAGUUUUUGUCAUGGUAGUCGUUAUAGCCAGCGUGAUAUGGGAACUACCGGGUAGACUGGGUCGUACAGAUAUGCUAGAAUCCUAUUGGGAUUCUGGUAAGUGCGUCCUUUACACUUUUGGUCUUCGAGAUCGAGCUCCAGAGUUGUGGAUCCCGUCUCGGAAGGGAAAUCCGAUAGGUUCUUCGGAUAAAUACUAGAGGACUGUGAUAUGGCUGGUCUCUCUCGCGGCUGAAUUGUCCCAGUGUGUCUCCUC